UUUUUAAGCAUUAAUAUAUAUUUUUAAAAUAAAUUAAUUGGCUAAAAAACAUAGCCUUUUUUUUCUUUUUUUUAAUAUUCCAGUCACCACUUUCCAAAGCUCUCCCGCGGGUCUCUCUGCACUCAUCAUCGCCGGCACCGGAGGAAUCGGCGGAUUUUAUAACCAUGGCAUCAAAAAGAGUGAAAAAGAACUCCACGGGGAUGAUAGAAAGCAGCAUCGAUAUCAUUUCUCAAUUACCUGAUUCUCUAAUACAUCAAAUUUUCUCAUUUCUUCCCACCAUUUAUCUAGUCCGGAUGAGUCUUGUUUCUAAACGUUGGAGACAUAUGUGGGUUUCCUCCCCCUUUCUAUAUUUUGAAGAUUUGAAUAAUAUUACUUUCAACAAGAGGAAGAGGAAUCGAGAUAUGGUCUUAAACUUUGUGACCAAAUAUUUAAUACAUCGACAGCUAUUUAUGCAGAUUCCAUACACGUUUAUCGUAAGUUUUAGGUUUGUCACAUUAUAUAAUAUUCGUAGCAGCAAAAUUGCUAUUAGACAAAUAGAUGAUUGGUUAAGCUUUGCCAUUCAUAGUGAAGUGAAGGAGUUAGAUCUUUGUGUCAAUUUUUACUGUUUGCCUUGCUUCGUUCUCAAUGCAAGCUCGUUGACUAUCCUGAAAUUGCGUGAGUUGAAGUUGGUUGCCAGUUCUCCUUCAACCCUUCCCUCUUUGAAAAUUCUCUCUUUGGCCGGUGUGAAACUGAAAUCUAAUGCUGAGUCCCUUCAAAAUCUUGUUUCUGGAUGCCCUAUUAUUGAGGAAAUGCAUCUAUCAAGAUGUGAUCUCCAACAUUUAGAUUCCACUGCUGUCAGUGGAACAAUUAGAAAUCUCUCAUUGUCAAAUGUGGUUCUUAAUGAUCGUUGGCUUGGCUGCCUAAUCUCCAGACUUCCACUUCUUGAGCGAUUGACUUUAGAAUGGUCUGUGUUGAAAAAUAUUAGCAUCCAUAGUCAUAGCCUGAAAUAUUUUUUCCUUAAGUCAAACUACAGCAUUGAGGCUACACUUACAACUCCAAAUUUAGUUUGGUUGGACUUUGAAUGUGUUUCCCAAUCAAUCAUUUCGGUCAAAGCUUUCAAUCUGUUAGAAGCCAAUUUGAAGCUUAGGGGCUUUCAUACGGUUGAAACCCUUAUACAUCUUCUUUCAAAUCUAAGUUUCUUGAAGAAGUUGAUGCUGAUCAUUUGGAAAGAAGAGGUUCUCAUCUUUCCGAAAAGAACAAGAGAGAGGUACCCUUCUCCGUUGUCUAAUCUGAAGCAUCUGAAGGUAGAGAUACAGGAGCGUACGUUUAAAACUGCAGAAUUGUGGGGUUCAUUGCUUUGGUUUGCACCUUCUUUAAAGACUCUUGAAAUAGUAUGAAAAACGAUUAAUGGUUCUAAUUAUUUAUUAUGAUAUUGUAAUUGUGUUUUGUAAAGUUUUAUCUUAUAUUAAAGAGAAUGAGUUAAUAGGCGUACAAACUCAAGUACAUUCUCAUUUGGUUUUGCCCAUCUCUUCUUUCUCCUCUUAUAUGUAUAUGUACAAACUAUAAGAAUGAGUUACACAUGAAUUAGAUUCACCCAAAAAAAAAAAAAAAAGUUGCUCAUGAAUUAGAUUUAGAUGUAAUAUCACCCAUUAAGUUUUGAGACCGACAUGUAAUGAAUCAUCUCCAAUAAUUUGUUUCUUCCU